UUGAAUGUGUCAACGAAUUGAGAAUGGAUAGAAGGACUUUUGGCAUAUUAUGUGACUUACUUCGUCAAGAUGGGAGGAUAAAAACGGAUGGUUUGGUCUCUGUAGAGGAGCAGGUGUGUAUGACUUUACAAAUACUAGCACAUCAUACUAAGAAUCGUAGUGUUGGUGGUAGAUUUUAUAGGUCGGGAGAGACUAUAAGUAGGUAUUUCAAUAGUGUAUUGCAAGGAAUUUUGCGAUUACAAGGUAUCCUACUAAAAGUCCCUCAACCUGUGCCUAUUGAUUCUACAGAUCCUAGGUGGCGAUGUUUUAAGAAUUGCUUGGGAGCAUUAGAUGGAACACACAUUGAUGUGCAUGUACCUGAAAUUGACAAACCAAGAUACCGAACUAGAAAGGGUCGAGUCGCAACUAAUGUAUUAGGUGUGUGUUCAGGAGAUAUGCAGUUCAUAUAUGUGUUUCCGGGGUGGGAGGGUUCCACAUCAGACUCUAGAGUGCUACAUGAUGCAAUUACUAGGCCUAAUGGUUUUAAGGUACCAACGGGUUAUUAUUACCUUGUAGAUGGUGGUUAUACAAAUGGUGAAGGAUUCCUUGCACCCUAUAGAGGAAUACCUUAUCAUUUAUCUGAAUGGGAAGGACGAACACCUUCUAAUAAGGAAGAAUAUUUUAACAUGAAGCAUUCUAAGGCAAGGAAUGUAAUUGAACGUUGUUUUGGCUUGCUAAAAGGAAGGUGGGGGAUACUAAGGAGUCCAUCUUUCUAUCCGAUAAGGACACAAGGUCGAAUAAUUACCGCUUGUUGCCUACUACACAAUCUUAUUAGGCAAGAGAUGUCUGUAGAUCCCAUGGAGAAUGUGCCAAUAAUAGAAGAUGGACAAAAUACAGAAGAAGGUGAAUAUGUUGGUAGUGUUGAAACAUCUGACCAGUGGACUGCAAAGAGGAAUGCCAUGGCUCAGGAAAUGUAUAAUGAGUGGAGAGCAAUUAGGAACCAGCAACCGAACUAGUUAUAUGUGUUAAUGAUAAGAUUUUAUUUUAGUUUUCCUUUUUAUCAUGCAUUUGUUGGAUAUUAUUAAAAUGAUUGGAUAUUAUACAAAUUGAUUGGAUAUUAUGCAAAUUGAUUGGAUAUUAUGCAAAUUGAUUGUUUGUAUUGUAUUUUAGUACAUUCAAAUAUUUUUUUUUUAGGUAUGGAUAACCACAAUAAUUUGAAUGCUUCUCAAGAGCCAAAAGGAAGAAGGCGUAAAUGGGAAGCAUUUGAGGAAGAAGUAUUACUAUCCGUUCUUGAGGAUUUUGUUGCUCGGAAGCAACGAUGUGACACAGGUGCUUUCAAACAAG